GGUGCCAGGGACAGAAUUCACUUCCCUAAGGAAAUGAUAGGCGAAGCUGGAUUGAUUGGAUGUGUGAAUAAACACCCAUCUCCAUUUUCUGUAGGGCGGGCAGGCAGGAAGCAUGUUAAGAAGCAGAAAAGGUGCCUAAUUAAGGAGAGCAGAUGCAAAGGUAGAGGCUGCCAGGUGAAUCGCAUGCAGCCGCACACAUCUCAUGCCUGCUCUCCCAGCUGAACGGCUGCCCUGCUCUUCCAGCUCUGCCCCCUUUCCCUCCUCCUCCAGCCUAGUACUUUGAAGCUGCUUCUUGUCUGCGCAGAGAGAUCCUCCUCAGCGAGAGAACUGGCAGCCUCGGGUGUUGCCACAUAAACAGGAGAAGCCGCUUCUGAAGAGGCAUGGCUGGGGGAGGCAGAGGCAGCCAGGCUGCAGCAUCCUUAUGCCUGGCCUGGGCACUCUCUCUGGCUCUGUCCUCUUUCCCUCAGCUCGUGAGUGGACGAGUGGACUGGACCCAGGAAAAGUACUCCCACCGUCCAACCAUUUUAAAUGCAACUAGCAUCCAACAAGUUGCUGCUCACACAGAUAUCAACCGGAUGUGGCAAAAUGAUUUGCACCCGAUACUGAUUGAGCGAUAUCCAGGAUCACCCGGCAGUUAUGCCGUGCGUCAGCAUAUCAAGCAUCGUCUUCAAGGACUACAGGCUGGCUGGGUAGUUGAAGAAGACACGUUUCAGAGCCAUACUCCUUACGGAUACCGCACCUUUUCAAACAUCAUCAGCACCCUCAAUCCCCUUGCCAAGCGCCACUUGGUGCUUGCUUGCCAUUACGAUUCAAAAUACUUCCCACCACAGUCGGACGGCAAAGUGUUUGUCGGAGCCACCGACUCAGCGGUGCCCUGUGCUAUGAUGCUAGAAUUGGCACGUUCCCUGGACACGCAGCUUCAUUGUCUGAAGAAGGCCGUCUCAAAUGGCAAGACAGAUCUCUCCCUGCAGCUCAUUUUCUUUGAUGGCGAAGAAGCUUUCGUCCGAUGGUCCCCUUCAGAUUCUCUAUAUGGCUCUCGGCACUUGGCCCAGAAAAUGGCAUCGACUCCACACCCUCCAGGCGCCACACAUACAACUCAGAUUCAAGGCAUUGAUCUUUUUGUACUACUGGAUUUAAUCGGUGCUCGGAACCCAACUUUCCCCCUUUACUUUCUAAACACAGCCCGGUGGCUGGGGAGACUUGAAGCGAUCGAACAAAACCUCAUUGCUUUGGGUUUGCUAAACAAUUACUCUCCUGAAAGGCCCUAUUUCCGGCCUGACUUACGAAGACAUCCAGUAGAGGAUGACCACGUUCCAUUUUUAAGAAGAGGGGUUCCAAUCCUACACCUGAUCCCAGCUCCUUUCCCUAGAGUGUGGCACACCAUGGAAGACAAUGAAGAAAAUCUUGACAAGCCAACCACUGACAACCUCAACAAGAUUCUACAAGUGUUUGUGCUGGAAUAUCUCAAUCUGUGAUGGCACACUGCUGGCUCCCACACUACUCCUGCUCUGUUUUUAAGGCUACCACUGGUUCCGCUUUAGCUGCUUCCAAAAACAGGCUUUUGGAGACUACAGUGUAGGAAUAAAAUAGCUUAGUUUUUAAGCUUUGCCCCCUAGAGGAAAAUGGAAAGAACGGCAGUUCUUAAAGGUUUAGUGGUGCACACAACUGUGUGGAGAAAAUAAACAUUUAUACCAAACUGUGUUCAAGUAGAAGGAAAAACACAACUGUUCAUCUUUCAUUGAAGAAGAAAUAAAUGAAAAUUCUGAGUUUCAUUAUGCUACACAAUGAUAUUCAGUACAGUAUUUCAUGAUUUCAGCUACAGCAACAUUCCAAAAAAUUAAGUGCUAUUUCCUUUAAUAUCAAGUGAUAAUAAUUUAGUGCAUACUUGGUAUGCAGUUAAAUGUGAAUAGAAGAUAGGUGAUGAGAGGAAUCCAUCCUUGUUUCUUAUUUCUUCUAAUAUUCUUCUGUCCAGAUGAAUCUCAUGAAGUGGUCCACUGUAUGAGGUUCCAAAAUAAAUGUUCAUUUACUGUGCCAUAACUUGUAGUCUAACUGGGUAAAA